UCGCAUUAGACUUUGAAAGUGAGAGGAGCCCAAACUAUUCCUUCUCAUAAGAAGGUCCUAUCCUCUCUCCUAUGUCCUCUAUUUUGAUGUAGCAAACAUGGCUGAGAGGUCUACAUUGCAUGUAUUUUUAGGAUUACACUACAUAAUAUUGUGUGUAAUUCUCCUCCCAUCUACUGUUGGAUUGGCCUCAACAGGCCUCGGGGCCGCGGGCUGUUCUCCCUCCUCCUGCGGACAGCUCCGCGACAUUCACUACCCUUUCCGUCUGAGCACCGAUCCGCCUCGAUGCGGAUAUCCUCAUGGUGUUCUUCUUUGCGAGGAUAACCGAGCUAUUCUUGAUCUCGGCUCGGAGAAGUUUUUCGUCACCAGCAUUCAAUACGAUAUGCACGCAAUCACGGUGAUGCGCCUGGGCUCCGUGAACGGAAGUUGCACUCCUCCUUUCACAUCUCUUACGUUCGGAUCGCCUGACGUCGACAACGACAUAACCUACGGACGUUAUUACGGGAACUCGGCAUGUUUCAUGAACUGCACGAGGCCGGCGCACUACGACUUGUACUGGCCGGUCCCGUGCAUGACCCGGAACAACUCGUUCGUCUAUGUAGUAAUCAGUGAAUAUUCCGAUUGCGACCUCGUGAUGAGUGUUGAGCCGUCUUGCGGAUUUCUAGCUGAGGCGCCUCUUGCCCCCGGAGUUACUAUGAAUUCGACUGCAGAUAUUUUCGAGCUCUUGCAGGCGUUCUGGCUUUCAUGGGAGAUCCCAGAGUUGCAUGAUCAACAUUCCUUUCAUAUAACCCCUACAUGCUUGAAUGAAUCUUUAAGCAUAAUUUCUAGUCGGAUCAAAAGCAAUGGCAUUCUCUCUGCAAUACCCUCGCUCGUCGAAAGCGAGAUGCAUUUCUUGGCCUGCUUUAAAUAUUAUUCCAAUCGAGGUGGCUCCCGUAAAGCUGAGCUCGUCAUCGCCUUAAUACAAAUUGCGCAGUCGUUAAUCGCUAUGGCCAUAUUAUGCAGGUUCCUGUUUGCACCAUUGUCCAUUUUACUUUUCCUUGCUUACAAACUAUGGAGCAGUCGCGCAUCCCUCGACAUCAUAGAGAAGUUUCUCAGAAACCAGCAAAAGCUCUCUCCGUCAAGAUAUUCCUACACCGAUAUCAUUGCGAUCACAGGCCACUUCAGAGAGAAGCUAGGACAAGGAGGUUUUGGAUCCGUCUUCAAAGGUACAUUUCUAAGUGGCCAACAUGUUGCCAUCAAGAUGCUCGGGAACCCCAAGUUCAAUGGAGAAGAAUUCAUCAAUGAGGUCGCGACUAUUGGUCGGAUUCACCAUGUGAAUAUAGUGCGGCUUGUUGGGUUCUGCUCGGAUGGGUCGAAGAGAGCUCUCGUCUACGAGUACAUGCCUAAUGGAUCACUCGACAAGUAUAUCUUCUCGGAAAGAGGAACUAGUAAUAGGCCCUUUUCGUGGGAGAAGCUCAAUGAAAUAGCAUUGGGCGUGGCUCGAGGGAUCGAUUACCUACACCGCGGAUGUGAUAUGCAAAUACUACACUUUGACAUCAAGCCCCACAACAUCCUCCUAGACCGUAACUUUGAUCCAAAGAUUUCAGAUUUUGGGCUCGCAAAGUUGUAUCCUAAGGACUAUAGUUUAGUUUCUCUUAGUGUCACAAGAGGAACCAUUGGAUAUAUUGCUCCGGAAUUGGUAUCGCGAAAUUUUGGGAUUGUAUCUGACAAAUCUGAUGUCUAUAGUUUUGGAAUGCUAUUAUUGGAAAUGGCGGGAGGUAGAAGGAAUGUGGACCGAAUGAUGGAAAAUACAAGCCAAGUAUACUACCCUUCUUGGAUCUACGACCGGCUUUUGCAAGGCGAGGAGCUUGAAAUAUGCAACUGUAGUGAGAUUCAUGAAGUAGAACGGAAACUUUGUAAAGUAGGAUUGUGGUGCAUUCAGAUGAAAUCAUCGAAUCGUCCGUCCAUGGACAAAGUUGUAGAGAUGUUGGAAGGGGACGUAGAUAGCCUACAAAUGCCUCUAAGGCCCUUCUUUUCCUCUUCACCGCCGAAUUCGGUUAUGCUCCCUUCUAUGAACUCCACUUUCUUUCAAUCACCAACUAUCACUGAGCAGGAAGAACUUUCAAGCCUGGAUGAAUAAAUUUAUGGAUGAGUAGCUUAUUAGUGCAGUGAUUCAAUGCUAAGCUUGUCACAUUUCUUCUUAGCAAAUUCAAUUGCAUGUUUCCACGCAAGAACCAAACUGUGUUCAAUAUUAUUUUUCAAAGGAUAUGAUAGCUAAUAAUUAGUAUAAUUGAUAUAAUUGAUUUGUGUGUAUGACAAUCUUUAACAGUAUUCUUGUACUUUUAAACAUGAUUUCUAAUAAGAAAGAGAGAAGUGAGUG